CUGCGAUCAUGAAAGGCGCUUCAGUGGAAAACACGUGACGUCACCGGCAAUCACGUGACGUGGUGUCAGCUGACCACUGACUUCCGGGUUGUGACUGCGGCGCUCGGUGUGAUUUUGCCAACAAAUCAGGAGUCGCGGACGGCGUUGGGGGCGUGGCCAUGAACGUGUCCGACAGCGAAGAUGACGCCUACACGGAGAGGACGGCGCUGGUCCCAUCAGAGAGUCCGGCGGUGCCGUCCUACAGACCGGAGCAAGAUGGCCCGCCCAAAAGGGAGGAGGAAGAGGAAGAGGAGGAGCUAACCCUGAAGUAUGGCGCCAAGCACGUGAUCAUGCUCUUCAUCCCGGUGACUGUGUGCAUGCUGGUGGUGGUGGUCACCAUCAAGUCCAUCACCUUCUACAGCCAGAGGAGCGACCAGCAGCUGAUCUACACGCCCUUCACGGAGCAGACUUCCUCUGUAGGCCGCCGCCUCCUCAACUCUGUGCUGAACUCUGUGGUGAUGACCAGCGUCAUCGUGGUCAUGACCCUCUUCCUGGUGCUACUCUACCAGUACCGCUGCUACAAGUUCAUCCACGGCUGGCUCAUCCUGUCCUCGCUCAUGAUGCUCUUCAUGUUCAGCAUCAUGUACCUCAGUGAGGUGUUCAAGACCUACAACGUGGCCGUGGACUACGUGUCGGUGGUGCUGCUGAUCUGGAACUUUGGUGCAGUGGGAAUGUUGAGCGUCCACUGGAAAGGACCCCUGCAGCUGCAGCAGGUCUACCUGAUCCUCAUCAGUGCCCUCAUGGCGCUGGUCUUCAUCAAGUACCUGCCCGAGUGGUCAGCGUGGGUCAUCCUGGGCGCCAUCUCCAUAUACGACCUGGUGGCCGUGCUGAGUCCCAAAGGUCCUCUCAGGUUGCUGGUGGAGACGGCCCAGGAACGCAAUGAACCCAUCUUCCCCGCCCUCAUCUACUCCUCUGCCAUGGCGUGGACGGUGGGGAUGGCCAGCCCGGCGGAGGCGGAGCCACCGGAGGAACGUCAAACAGAUGAGGAGGCGGAGCGAAGCAACGGGGAGGCGGAGACACAGCGCUCCUUUCAGGAAGUGCAGGAGGAGAGAGGAGUGAAGCUGGGUCUAGGUGACUUCAUCUUCUACAGUGUGCUGGUGGGUAAAGCAGUGGUGAGUGGUGGAGACUGGAACACCACACUGGCCUGCUUUGUCGCCAUCUUGAUUGGUCUGUGUGUGACUCUGCUGCUGUUGGCCAUCUAUAAGAAGGCUCUACCAGCCUUACCUAUCUCCAUCACCUUCGGUCUCAUCUUCUACUUCUCCACCGACUUGCUGGUCCAACCUUUCAUGGACCGCCUGGCAGAACAUCAGUUCUACAUCUGACUCUGGUCUACUGGCAGCACAUCAGUUCUACAUCUGAGUCUCAAGCUCCGCCCUCUAACAACAACAAACUCUUGUGUUCUUCAACCAACCUCGCCUAAUGACCAGUGGAGCACUGCUGCUGCUCUUUGUCACCAUGGCGACUGGUGCUGUUGGUCACCAUGGCGACUGGUGCUGUCGGUCACCAUGGCGACUGGUGCUGUCGGUCACCAUGGCGGCUGCUGGCAGGAGAAGUUGGUUUCCCAGUAGAAGUGAAGAUGUCUUCUUGUGGGCUCACAGUGAAAUGUCACUGGAGAAAAAACAUCAGAAAUAUGAAAAUAAAAUCAGGAUGAAAAUAUUUAGUUGGAAUUGAAUUGUGAUGUGAAGUCAAUGCAAAGUAAAUAUUCAGUUGUGCAGAGGUGGGAAGAGAGCCAGAAAUUGUACUCAAGUAAGAGUACUGUUACUUUAGAGAUGUAUUACUCAAGUAAAAGUAAGGCGGAGUCACCCAAAUAAUUACUUGAGUAAAAGUACUCAAGUACUGAGUAAGUGAUGAGUAACCUGUUCCUUUCAUGAUGACGGCAACAAAUAAUGCUGAACAAAAUAAAAAUAGCAAUGAACAAA